AUGCAAGGCUGGAUGGAACAACAGGAGAAGACACUGCAGCACAUGCUGAAGCAGCAGAAGGAUACUUCCGACUCCUUUCUCCGUGCCCUUGAAAGGAUGGAGGUGCGGAUGAGUGGAGCGAAUCCUUUAGCUGCGAAACACUCUAUCUUCGACUCUCUCUGCCGUCGCAUAGACAGACUCAAUUUCGACGCCGGGAAAGGGAGGACUUUCGAUAUGUGGUACAAAGGCUUCAAGGACAUUUUCGAUUACGACUGUACGGAGCUGAGUGAGCAAGAGAAGACUCGCCUACUAAUCAGCCGAUUGGACCAAGACUGUCGCCAGCUGUUUUGCGGGUCGAUUGCGCCCAGGUCGCCGUCAGACCUGUCAUGGGAUAAAGCCGUUGCCACUAUGGAUCGCCUAUUCGGUUCUGCUAAAACGCUAUUCCGUCGUCGAUUCGAAUGUCUCAAAAUCAACUACGACCACCAGGAUUUCAACAACUACGAGACGCUUGUGCGCACGCGUUGCUCCGAUGCCAAAUUCGACUCCAUCAGCUUCGAUGGCCUCCAAUGCUCGUCUACGUUGCGGGAUUUUCGAGUUCGCAGACUACAGAACACGGCUGCUGAGGAAGUCGGAUCAAGGGGAUGA